ACAGACAGCUCACACAGUCUCUCUCUCUUACGUGUAGUUACUGUCCGAAAGGCAGAAAUAUAAACCAUCUUUGUCUUCUUUCUUGUUUCGGUUGAGAGUGCUGUAGUAUAACAUUUCUUCUAGGAGCUAUAAUUAAUAAAUCUCAGUUUGCUUUGAGAUUGAACUGAUUUUAAAUUUAAGAUGCAUUGCGUUUUUCUCUUCACUACUACUCCACUCUCAUCUCCCUUCCUCCUCGCCACUCCUCUUUAAUUAAUUAAACUCCUUCCAACCCUGUCCUCGAUUACCUAAUAGCAGCUGUCGCUGCUGCCCCCCUCCCCAACAAAAACCAAGCAAAUUAGAGAGUGAAUUAAGGCGUUGGUUUGUCUUCCAGUUUAAUUUGGAAUUGGCCAUCAAUCUUUCUUUCCCUUUUCUUCUGCUCUUAAUCUGUUUCGGUUUUCAUAUUAAUUUAGUUCUCUGGCUAGCUUGGAUUUUGAUAAUCUCUCUCUCUCUCUCUCUCUCUCUCUCUCUAUAUAUAUAUAUAUAUAUAUAUAUAUAUAUAUAUAUAUAUAUAUGUGUGUGUGUGUGCGCGUGCAAGAAAUGGAAACAUAAAUUUGGGGUUGCUUCCUUCUUUUGCCCGCGUAUAAUUAUAUAUAUAUAUAUAUAUAUAAAAAAUCAGCGAAGAAAUCGCCAAAAUAGUAAGCUUGAUGGGCCUCUCUUACCAGUCAAUCAGUUUCUCCAUCUCUUCGCUUAAAUGAAUUGGUCGAUUGAGUUGCCCGCAGCCCGCUUCUCUCUCUGCCUAGCUAGCUAAGAAAAUUGAAUUCACUGAAAAACAGGAUACCGCUUACUCCUACCACUACUACUAAGUAGUAUCAUCGUCAUCGUCAUCGUCAUGAUGGACCUGAGUGGUAAAAAAAGCGCAACGCGGUCUGUGUUGGUGCCUUCGACAACUCAUCAGCGGCAGCACUCCAAUCUUGAACGCUUUCUUCAAUGUGUAACUCCAACUGCUCCUCCUAAAUUCCUUCCCGAGAGCUGCAUUCGUGAUCUAAAUAGCUUAUGGCAACCACCUGGUACUAAGGAUAUGGUUGAAUAUUUCACUUUGGGAGAUUUAUGGGAUUGCUACGAUGAAUGGAGCGCAUAUGGUGCUGGCACCCAAGUAGUGUUGAGCAGCGGUGACACCAUUAUGCAAUAUUAUGUCCCUUACCUGUCAGCCAUUCAGAUUUACAGCAAUAAGUCGGUGGUGGCUUCCAGGGACUCAAGAGAGUAUAAUGAUGUUGUCGAAUUUGAAAGUGAUUCUUGGAGCGAUGACAGCAUGAGUGAUAAACUGUCGAGGUCGCUAAGCAACAAUUCCAGCAAGACAUGGGAUACCAUUUCUGAAGAUUCAAGCUUUGACCAUGAGGGUUCUUUGUCAAUGAGGGAUAAGCUUGGCUCUCUGUCCUUUCAGUACUUCGAGAUAUCUUCUCCUUACUGGAGGGUUCCACUUUUAGAAAAGAUAACUGAAUUAGCCAGGAAUAAGCCGGGAUUAAUGACACUCAAGAAUGUGGAUCUUUCUCCGGCGAGUUGGAUGGCUGUUGCUUGGUACCCCAUAUAUCACAUUCCAUCUCAGGGAAAUGAGAAGGACCUGUCAUCAUGCUUCUUGACUUAUCAUACACUUUCAUCAUCUUUCCAAGAUUGCGUCAAUGAGGAUGGAGAGGGAAAUGUCUGUAUAUCCCUUCCUCCAUUCGGUCUGGCCACAUACAAAUUGCAAGGGAAUCUUUGGAUAAAUCCAGAGACAUCUGAUGAUGAAAGAAUGAUUUAUCUUGAAAGUGCUGCUGAUUCCUGGUUGAAGCAGCUAAAUGUCCACCAUCAUGAUUAUAGCUUUUUUACCAGCUGCCAGUACACCAUGUAAAUUAGUUUGUUCUCUAACUUGUUUCCCUCCCACCUAGGUUUGUUUUUCUCCAGUGAUCCAGCAACCACCAUGAAAACAGUCCCUCGUUGGCAGUUCUGAUAUUAACGUAUAACUUUAUUAUGCCCGCCUACUUUGGAUAGGCAUACAUGUAAAAGGUUUCAAAGUUAAAUGUAGUUUGAAGAAGCCAUGAAAGCGGUUCCCCAGUAUACAAUGGCUUGUUGAUCCAGAAAGUUUUGUUAGAGGGGGAGUUUGUUUUGUGGACUGAGUUGGUUUCCUUGGCAAAGAGGAAGAAGAGACUUAAAAAAAUGAGAGUUUGUGGAUCGGCAGCUUAGUUUCAGGAUGUCCAUUUUCUUAAUUUCUUAUUAUCUUGUAAUCUGAGCUUUGUAUCACAAGGAUCUGUUGCUAGUUUCUAAUGUGCAAAAGUGUUGUAAA